AUGCAUCCCGUUAACUCUCCCCACCACAGUUGGUCCUUUGAAGAUUGUCGCCACAUCACCGCAAAUGGGUCAAAUGGAGCCCAACAUCAAGACAUCCAAAUAACACUCCUCCAACUACAACUAGAGGUAUAUUUGAUCAGGGAUGAAGUGAAUGGAAACCUAUGUGAGCUUACGGAUAAUUUGUGUCGCGGGAUGGAUGAGCUGCAUUGUGAAGUCAAUGAUGUCAGGGCAGGGCAGCUGGAUAUGUCCCACAUGAUAAAUGACCUCAAGAACCAUUUUUCUUAUUGCAGUCGGCGUCUGUGA